CCCAGGGGAAGGAGGCUAAGGAAACUGGCAAGGAGACAUUGCAAAUGUACAGCGUUUCUUCCUCACGUAUUUUACAUCUGGAUAUUUUCAAGAUUUUAAGGAUUCACUCUGAAGUACUUGUAAUUUCUUGUUGAUUGCAAACCAGUUUUAAUCUGCUUCUGAAAACCUACUGAAGUUUGGUACUUUUUCUGCAGUUUGUACGCCAGCGCGAAAGGAUUUCGUUUCUGAAAUUAGCUCAUUUAACCUCCCGGGAGACCUGAGGAAAUGAUCACCGUGGAAGUGACACAAAACGGCGAACACGUUUUAGAUGCAGGGGAAAUAUUAGCCAUCAACCGCCAUGUGGAUACUUUGGGCACAGAAAAUACACGUGAUUUAAUUUGGUUAAAUUGAACUUGACUUGCUAGCUAGCUCAUUACUUAGCUAUCGAUAGCCAGCUAACCAUUGCAACGGAUCCGUGAGUUAAACAUUUCAUAACGUACCUCGCCAGCUAGCAACAAAUAGCUAGCGAACUUUUUGGAGAUAUUUCGCUCAAGACCUUUUUUCUGUCGGCGUAGUGUUACAAAGUGCAAAUGAAACAGGUUGUUUUCACUAAUAUUUUUUCUUUGUACAUUUCAUCAGAGAAUGCAAUUUUUUAAACUACAGGUUCAAGCAUGAUGGUUUAUUCCAGUGGUGCUUACAAGUGACGAACCCUCGACUUUCAAAGUUUUGGAAAUGUUCUGUUCGUGGUGAAGUUUUCCCCAUUUCUAGUUGCUUUUAGAAAGGGGGCUGCAUUUGAAGGAUUUUCUUGCACUUUUAAAAAAUCAUAUUUCUGCGAUACUAUAUAUUUCAAUGGUACAUUUGCUUUUAUUUGGAGUCGAACAUGGAUUACAUGGAAUACGUUUGAUCUGAUUACCAAUUUCUUCAACAGUUUAUCGGAAGUUUAACCGAAGGCUGCUUAGCAAGAAAAGUUUGCCUGUCCGUUUCCAGACAUAUACUUGCUGGAUACCGCUCACGACUAAGACAGAACGCAAUGUCAAUCUACAGCUCAAAAAUGUGGACAGAGAUUGUUGUGGUUCCAGCAAACCGGAGUACGUGUCAGUGCGGAGUAUAAAUCAAUGCACACGUUCGACAAGGUUCAUAACUAACGUGCAACGCUUGUUUUGAUGUUAUUUAAAAUAUUCAAUCAUUGUUUUGAGUUUUACUGGGCAAUGAUCAUCCACAGUAUGAUCCACAGAUUUCUCCCAGUUUUUAGUUAACUACUUUUUUUCCAUCCCACGCAUAUAUAUUCGUUUUAUAUAUGCUUAUUGCCUUUUGUUGCAAAAAAUUCCUUUUUCAUAGCAGCAAAGAUGUCUAUUUUUUGUUUCUUUUUGUGCAAAAGCUGUUUGUGGAGAGAACUUUCAAACUGGCGCUGCACCAGGAGACCUUAAACCAUGUAUAAACGAAGAUUUUAACACUGUCCACGUGCACGCAAAUUUGGAUAUAACAAUUUGCAUAUUAUUUUGCAGGUUGCAGUACACUUAAAGGAUAAAUACAUCGGGAGUUUUUUUCGGGUCUGACUUAACGGUGUAGGCUGACAGCUUUGCAGUGCACGAUGUGCGGCUGGGGCCCGCCGCUGCAGCCGGUGCAAUGACCGUUUCUCAGCGGCGAUUGGCCGGGCUCUGGCCUUGGCUGCUAAUGGCGGCCCUGCAGGUGGUGUUCGGGCAGACGGGCCUGGAGCUGGCAGCCGCGGUGGAGUCGGAGCGAUCGGCACCCAAAGCUGUCAUCAAGGUGACACUUCUGAAACAAGAAGCGGGGAAGCCUAUUACUCUAGAAGGGGUGUUUGCCGGAUCCAGUUUGAGAGGUUCUGCAGAGGGAAAAUUGAUGCAGUCCCACCCGCUGUCCCUGUGCAACACGAGCGAGGACGAGCGUCAGGAGAAGGUCUUCAUCAGCAUCGUCAAGCUGGAGAGCCCCGAGCACAACGUCCCCCAGUGCCUGCCGCUCCUGGAAAAGGCUCGCCUGGCGCUGAAGAGAGGGGCUCGGGCUGUCAUCUUCGAUGUGUCCGACAACGCCGCCGCUGCACAGGAGCUGCUGCUGUCCAUUGACGGUGACGGUCUGCUCAAGCCCGUGGUCCUGGUCCAGGCCGAAGCCGCCAUGAGGCUCAUGGACCUGGUCAACAGGAACGAGGGGGCCCUGGUCAACAUCGACGUCAUGGACGAGAAGCCCGAAUGGGCCCACUAUGACGUCAGCAUCCUGCUCACUGUGGUCCUGGCUGUGGUGGCCAUCGUCAUGAUCUUCGCUCUCCGUUACCGCUGCAAGUCCAACAGGAACUGGGACUCCGUGCAUCAGCAGACCAUGCGGGCCAUCGGACGCCUGGAGACGCGCACCUACGCCUCCCCGGGCUGCUCGGGCAGCCAGCGGCUGAGGGGGGGCCGGGAUUCGGGGAGCAGCUCCACCUCCGGGCCCAUCUGCGCCAUCUGCCUGGAGGAGUUCCUGGACGGACAGGACCUGCGGAUCAUUUCGUGCGCUCACGAGUUCCACAAGGAGUGCGUGGACCCCUGGCUUCUGCAGCACCGCACCUGCCCCCUCUGCAUGUACAACAUCAUGGGCAACGAGCUGGCCGCCCGCCAGCCGCAGCGGACCCGAGUGCCGGCGAACGCGGAGCACGGCCACGCCCUGCGAGGCCACCCCUACCCCGGGCACCACGUGUUCCAGCAGCCCCCCGUCCCGUUCCCCCUGCGCCACCACUACCCGCGGGGCCCCUCCGGCCAGUUCCCCGCCCUCGCCCAUUUCGGCGGGCCGGCGCCCGUGGACCCCCGGGCCCUCCACUGCCUGCCCGGCAGGCCCCUGGGCUCGGGGCCCGCCCGCUGCGGCUACCACCUGACCGACGGGCACCUGGGCCGGCCCCACAGGACUACGGCCGGCGGCUGCCGGUCGGGCGGCCACCCGGGCCCCCACUACCCCCGCCGGGCCUGCCACGGGUACCGGCCCGGCUGCCCGGUCCCGAGCGCCGCCUCCAACUCGCGGCUGAACGCGGGCACGGCGGCGAUGGCGCCGACGCCGGGCCGCCCGGGGGCCCACAGCCGGCAGGACGACGGCAGCUGCUCCGGGGGCAGCUACCGCACGGAGCGCAGCGGCUACUUCCCCGACGGCCCCGCCAGCGACUCCAGCUCGGGCCCCUGCCACGGCUCGUCCAGCGACUCCGUCCUCAACUUCACCGACGUCAGCCUGAAGGCGGUGUACGGCAGCUGCUCCACCUUCCGCAGCUCGCUGAGCAGCGACUACGACCCCUUCGUGUACUACGGGCCGGGGCCGGGCCGGCGGGACAGCCUGGACCCCGGGUCCCGCCCCCGCUCCCUGGACUCGGUGGUGAACCGCGGCUGCGCGGAGGAGCAGGUGUUCAACCACGUGCACUACCACCGGCACCGGCACCACCACUACGACGACGGCGACCACAGCCAGGGCCCCGACAGGGGCUCGGACGAGGAGCAGGGGGCCGCCCCGUGCCCCGGCGCGGACGGGGGGGGCGGGGCCGCGCCCUGCCAGUGCCCCAGACCCGACCCGCCGGACAGGCAGCCCCGCCCCCGGGGGGAGGAGCCCGAGCGCGAACAGACGGACCCCGCCCCGGGCCCUCCCGCCCCCGCCCUGCCCCCUGCCCCGCCCCCGCACCCCUGCUGCCACCAGGGCCCCGGGCGGCACCACCGGCGGAAACAGGGCGGCCGCGGGCCGGAGGGCCCGGCCGUGCGCUUCCACCAGAGCCUGGACCUGCAGGAGGACUGCAGCAUCCACAUCCACUACGGCCAGGGCGGGGCCGCCUACUGCUGCUCGCCCGACAUCCCCCCGCUGCUGCCCGUGCCCCUCAUCCUGGACUCGGGGGGCAUGGGCGACUGGCCCUGCUGCGGGGGGCACGUGGUCUGGCAGAAGAGGGUCCAGCAGGCCCACUCUGAGCCCCAGCUCCAGGGCCCCCGGGCCCCUCCGGACAGGCCGCAGUGCAGGGGCCACCAGCCCGGGGCCGAGCUCACCGCGGACAUUUGCUUGUACUGCCAAACUUUACACAACAAUCAGGGAUCAGAAGAGGAGUCUGGUGUGUGAGCACGCGCACGGUCGCGUCCCCGUCCCCGUCCCACGCUGCUAACAGGAGCCACAAUGGACAAGCCUCUCUCUCUCUCUCUCUCUCUCUCUCUCUCUCCACCGCCUUUCACAAGCCUUCCGGAAAAUUCCGCGCCGCAAGCCGCGUACCAGUGCGCACGCUCUCUCUCUCUCUCUCAAGCCACUCCCGGUUCCCCGUGCGCUUCGGUUUCCGUGGUGAUCAAGCAGACGCGUCACCAGCUGUGCUCGUCACUUCUGCAGCAAUUAGUGAUUAUGAAUGAACUUGGUGUCCAGUAGGUUCAAACAAUGUGAAUAGCAGUGCACUUAAAUUGAGAAGUGGCUGGGGAAUGGGCGGGGGGGGGGGGGGGAAUUGAACUUGACAUCAUAUAAUCACAUUCAUUUACAAUUUAUGGACCAGAGGUAACAUUCAAAAAAUAUUAUCGCAGAGUUUUAUUGUACUAAUUGCUUUAUAAUCAUGUUGAAUUGCCAUAGAAAACGUUUUGAGAAUUCAUUUCAGGAAAUGUUACAUUUGAAUUUGACAUAUUCCAUAUUGGUAGGCCUUACGAUUUCUAGCGGGUUGCUCGGAUGUGUACUUGAUUUAAAAAAUGGAAGAUAAACGAGCGGAAUUCAAUAAUGGGAGAAACAUGACAGCAUGGAUUCAGCUUAUGCAUUAAGGUGCUCUUCAGUGACUACCUGAUUGACCUCAUUGCAUUGGCAAAAAGAUUACUCUUCAUUUUUCUGCACCAUUUUCUCUCAUUCUCUGGGGGGGAAAAGCCAACACCAGUAUAACUCACAGCCAUGUAACCAAGAAUAUUGUGUCAUCUGGGAUCAGCUGCUAAUGUCUGUUUCAGUAGCUCUCUCUCUCUCUCUCUCUCGCUCUCUCUCUCUCUCUAUAUAUAUAUAUAUAUAUAUAUGUAUAUAUAUAUAUGUCACUGUCUCUGUCUCUCUCUCUCACUGUCUCUCUCUCUGUUUUGCCUCACUGUUGAUGAAGGUCUGUGUUCUUAAUUCUGUGCUCUAAUUGUGUAAAUGGUAGCAAUUGAUAUUUUAACUAUGUUAAAGGUAAUGUUAAACUGCCACCUCCCACCCACCGCCCCACACACACCUGUUUUGGUGGAAAUUGUUCUACAUUCUAAUCCCAUGAUCAAUGAAAACUCUAGAAAUGAAACAUUUCUGUAGGGAAUCGCAAUAAAGCAUAAAUAAUCAGAGAAGCAGGCAGGGGAAGAGAGUGAGUCUCCUGUGAAGAAGACAGGCAGAUUUAAGUGCAAAUAUUUUUCAAGGGUUUCAUGUUCAGUGCCUUAUGUGUAGGGUCUGUAGGCCUGAAAAACUGGCCUCUCUCACUUUGUCUCAGUCUGUGUGAUGAGCGGUGAGUCGACUCAGUUUGGCUGAUAGCAGUUUUUUAUACUGAUGACAGUAUUGCCCGGGCCCAGGAGCAGGACCGUAGUGUUUUGGUCUGUAGCUGAGGGUAUGGUGAGGUCUGCGCCUGCUCUCUCCCUCCUACCUCACAUUACAGUCAGAAUCGAAGGGGUGGAGACAGCGAAGGGCUUGGAACUGCCGUAAAAAAGGACACGGGUGCGGUUCCCUUUGCUCUCUGCUGGAGCGAGGUCACCACGGCACACCCCCAAGCUAGCAGCCCUGCAAAAACCGUUGUUAACUUUCAAUAAGCUUCCCUUCAGGUUAGCCCCGCCCUGUAAAAAUGACCCCCCUCCCUCACUGCCUGCAACCUCGCCUUCAGGUCACCACUGGCAGUUAGAGCUAGUUAAUUCAAAAGAAAAGGCAGCUGUUUUUAUUUUUUGUUCAAUUUUUAUUUUGUUUAAUGUUUAUUUCAAUUUGUAACGUGUUUUCAUUUUUAAAGAAACAAUUUGACUGAAACUGUCUAUACUUUUUUGUAUAAUUUUACAAGAUAGGUUUUUUCUUUUUUUUUGUUCUGUUGUCAGUUGUGUUGUCGGUGGAUUUUUUUUUUUUAAUGUUGCGGAGAAGGGAAGUGGGAGAUGAUGUCAUGGAGAUGAGCGUGCAGUCUGCGGUCCUUCCUAGCCUGUGUUUGGGCCACUGUUAAAGUGGCCCGGUCCCAAGGAGUUGCAGUUAUACGUUUAAAUAAUGCAGGUACUUCAGCCAAAGUUACGUUGCCCAGCCUCUUUCCCGCAGGUGAGAAAUUGUCCUCGGAGAAGUAAAGAUAGUGUCUUCAGAUUAAGUUUAGAGAAGUCCCCGUCUAAGACAGCAGCAGAAAUCUCAAAACUCAUUGAGCCUUAGAUUAACACCCCCAUUGCAUGCAUCCAAGGAAGUCGGGUUGCAAUCACAGUUUUUUUUUUUUUGUGCAUAAAAGUCUAAUAAUGAAAACACUGGAAGUGUUAAAAAAAAUAUUGUUAUUAAUAUUAAUUCUGGAAUUAGGAACCUCAGGCUUUUGACACUUUUUUUCAGUUUCAGUGUGCGACUGUUUGAAACAAUGCUUCAGCGUUGACAGUGCGUUUGUUUUUGGGUAAAGCUUGAGAACACUGCCAUACAGAGAGAAUGUGAAAAUGGAAGUCUUGUUUUUGGUAUUUUGGCUGGGCGGACUUCUGUGUUGCCCCUAGACACAAAUGUAGAGCUCCAGGCUUGUGGGGGGGAAAAAGAAAAGAACUGACAGCACUUAACCAUUUCACUUUUCACAAUCUGGCUUAAUCAAGUAGCAGGAAUAUUAGUUUCAGUUCGGUUGAUAAAAAAAAUUGGAGUAUAGCAAAAAGAAAUUGAUUUAAUAUUAUUCUAUUUAUUUUUAUCUGAAUUUACUUAAUUUGCAAACGUUGGCUUGCCUGCUGAUUUAAAAGUCACAUCUUAACUGAUGGAUAUAUUUUAAGCCUGUUUUGAGUGAACAGCCCCUGGGGAGUACACAUGUAAAAUGGUAUUGGUAUCAUGUAUUUAUUGACAAGCAGGUAAAUCAAAGUUUUGAUUAAAUUUCAGCCUUGGCCUGAUGCAGUUUAAAAAAAAAUCAUAUUUAUAUAUCAUUUAUUGCACACUUUUCCAUCUGUUGUUAUACCACAAAAAUCCAGUGCCAUUGUGCUUUUUUUUAGGGAAUUUAAGCAUUUUUCAUAUCAUUACAGAAACAGAAAAGGUUGUUUCAUAAUUUCUCAGAGAGCAUAACUGCAACUGAAUUUCUCCAUCUCCUUAUCUGGGAUUUGUCUCAAAUUCACUGAAACGUAAAAUGCACUUUGGCAUUAAGAUUAAGAACAAACAAUCAGAGCACUAUGCAGCUAUCAUUGUAAGGUAAUUGGUUUAAAAUUUGUUAAAUGUCAGUGAACAUUUGGAGUUUUUUUUUUUAUAUUUUUUUUUUUUUUUUUUUUUUUGCGUUUUAAACUGCCUUUUUCUAAUUGAGCACAAUCCCUGUAGAAAUCCAAGGGGGUCUCAGUAUAUUUUCGAUACUUUGUGUAAAAAAGAGAAAGAAAAAUAAAAAUAAAGUGUUGUAUUAUAUAUAAUAGAACAUUUCAAUAUGGUAAUAUGUCACUAAUAUAUUUAUUUACUAAUAUAUUUAUCCAUUUUGCCAGGCCUGAUAAAAAGUAUUUUGUUCCAUACAGAACAAUAUCUUUAUGAAACAAGUGCCAUCACAGAUGUAACUGCCUGGCUUCAUUCCAAUUAUAUACAAAUAAAUUAUUUUGAAAUAAAA